CGCGAUCCGAAUUAGAGGUUUUAUGUAAAAUAUAUUAAUCGCGAUUUAAUAUUUUUCACAAAGGCCCUCGUUACCUAGAGGUUUUAGAAAUAAGCUCCCCUCUCUCGACUCCCCUGCUCCCGACGAUCCGCCGACGACGUCGAUGCUGCCCUCCUCCUCCCUGGCGGCGCCACGUGAGGGCGCCGUCGCUCCCUCCCCCUGGGCGGAGGCCACGUCCUCUUCGGCGCUCCGGCACUACCGCUCCCUGCCCAAGAAAGGCAAGCCGCAGGGGCGCGAGUCCACGGUCCUCGCCGCCUUCCUCCUCUCCACCCCGCAGGACCCGCAGAGCCCCACCGUCCUAUCCAUGGGCACCGGCACCAAGUGCCUCGGCGCCUCGCGGCUCAGCGGUCGCGGAGACCUCGUCCACGAUGCGCACGCCGAGGUCAUCGCUCGCCGCGCGCUGCUCCGCCUCCUUUACUCGGAGAUCGGCCGCGGGGCAUCGCCGGAGUGGCUGGUUGCUUGCGAGGAUGGCGGGAGAUGGAGGCUGAGGGAUGGGCACUGCCUUCAUCUUUACAUCACCCAGCUUCCAUGUGGGGUCAUGCCAGUACCGCCAUCAGAAUCAGAAUUGAGGGAACAGCUGGAUGGUGGUGUGAAUGGAUGCAGUGACAUCAGCUUUGUUCAAAGGAAGCCUGGCCGUGGUGAUACAACAUUGUCCAUGAGCUGCUUUGACAAAAUCACCCGCUGGAGUGUUGUUGGAAUUCAAGGUGCAUUGCUCUCACACAUAUUGGAACCCUUGUAUUUGACCACCAUUACUAUUGGACAAUUACCUGAUAGUGCUCCUGAAGGGUUCUCUAUCGAAAAUAAUAUUGAUAAAGUUCUCAAUGCUCGCUUGUCCUCUCUGCCCAGCAGAUUGUCCGCUUCUUUCAAAUUAAACAAGCCAAAGUUCUUUGAGGCACCUGUUCCACCUAAGGAGUUUCAACAGAUUUCUGGAGACGUACCACCUUUGACUUGCGGGUACUCAAUUUGUUGGAAUAAAUCCGGCUUGCAUGAAGUUGUCCUUGGAACAACCGGUAGGAAACAAGGAACAUCUUCAAAGGCAGCAUGCUUGCCCUCCACUGAGUCAUUGCUCUGCAAGAGAAGAUUGGUGGAAGCUUUCAUGUCACUUGAACAUCCAUUGGAAACAAAAUUCCAAUCUGGGGAGCUGUCUUAUCGCGCCAUGAAGGAUGAGGCUCACGAGUACCAGCAUACGCUUGAGCUUCUAAGAAAGGCCCCAUUCUUCAGCUGCUGGCGUGCCAAGCCUGCAUCGCUCGACUCGUUUUCAGUUACAAGGUGACGAUCAUCCCGGUUUCAGAGGUCAGCCGUUGCAGCUCACCGGGAUCACGUUUUGCACGGUUGCUUCGGUCUUUAACUAGGCUUAGAACUUAGAACACGUAUGGUUUCAAAGUAGAGCUACGAACUGCAGGAAACUAGAAAGUGGCUGCGGCAUGUAUCAAACUGGCUGCAAAGCCGCCGUAUUGUUUUUCGUAGCGUUGGGCCCUGAUUU